AUACCGCAAUUUCCCAGCGGAGAAAAUAACGCUGGAGUUAGAUCUCAGAAACGCCUCUUCCCAUCACAGGAAGUUCUGAAUCCUAUUGGAAACUGCAGCAUCGCUUUUAGCAUUUCGGAUGUCAUCUCCUAAGCCGUCGUUCCAUAGCCUAGCUUCCAGUCAAGCCUAAGAGGAGUAUAACAAUGGUGACAGGGACUCAGCUGAGGUGAUUGUCUCAGUAACGGUGGGGGGAAACAACGGGGUGGAUCGGAUUCGGAUGGACAAGAGCAAGGGCCGUACCGAUCUACUCGCUGCGGGAAGAAAAAAGUUUCAGCAAUUUCGUCAGAAGAAGGACAGUAAAGGGGGAAGUGGUCACGGAAAAUCUUCAAAAAAAUCUGUUAAAGCUGGGAAACAUGAGCCUGACGCUGAAGAAGCUCCUGGUGGCCCUAUGUCAACAACAUCAUCUCAGGUUACCGAUGGUAACGUUGAAAGUAAUGCAGAUUCCAAUUUCUGUAUCAAAGAGGUUUCAGAAUCAGAGUCUUUGGCGGAGUCGUUCACUCUUGACUUCAGUGCUCCAUCUGUUAAUUCAUCAUCAGCAACUGAUAAUGACACAGGUGUUCAAUUGCAACUGGCUACUACUACUGAGUUAGCACUCCAGGCUCAGGUAGUGGAUGAACAUGAUUCUGCGAUGUUAGUCCAAAAUGAAGAGGAAAGCAUCAAGGAUGUUGGUAUUGACAUGUUGGAAGACGUGCCUCUGGGAACUUUUCAUGGUCCUGUUUCUGAAGAUGGAACAACGCUUGACCAUAUGCCAAGUCCUGUUGACACGUUGCCUGUACCUGCUCCAGUAACCACUGCAGCGGGAAAGUCUUCUAGAGUUGAAAGAGAGUGCAGAGAUGCAGAGGAAUCCUUACUUUUAUCAGAGGAUAUUCCUAAUACAUCCGAGUCAGUUAAAAAUGGAGGUGAAAGUACUCAAGAUGUUGGCACUGAAAUGGUGAAAGGUGUAACAAUGGAUGAUCAUAUGCCCACAACUGUUGACAUCAUGUCGGUACCUGCUCCAGUAACCUCUACAGCGGACAAGGCUUUUAGUGUUGAAAUUGAGGGUGAAGAUAAGCAGGAGUCUUUGCAUGUAUAUGAGAUAUUCCUAGUACAUCGGGCAAUGCAGGAAGCUGAUGGUCUGGAUAAGAAGCAAUCUAGUCAAAGCAGUGAUAUGGAGAUUGAUAGCCAAAAGAAUCUCACUUUGUCUGAGGUUGGUGAGAAUGCACAGUCUGUUUCAAGAUUUGCUUUGGACGACAAUAGAAUAGAGGAGGCAUCUCAUGAAGCAGCCCAAAUUGGCGAGGCAGUUGAAGUAUCUUCAUCUCUCGAGGAUGUCACAUCCAAUAAGCGUUCAGCUUCUGCUAAAGGGAAGGACAAUAAAAUUGCAAUUGCUGGACAUGUCAUGAGAAAUCUGGAAGGGGAGGCACCGCCAGUUUCACCUCUUAGACUAGUGCCUUUUCAGUCCAGUGAUGAUCAGAGUAGGAAAGAAGUGGUUCUUAGUGGAGAGGAGAGGAGUCUUCUGGAGGGCCUUGACCUGCAAAAUUCUCGUGUUGGACUGCGAAUGCUUCUUCCUUCCAGUGAUGUGAGUAAGAAAGUAGUUUCUAGUGAAGAGGAAAGGGGACUAGAUGAGAGGCUUGACCAGCAAUAUUCUCCUGAUCAGUCUGUAUACGUGGAUAAAAGCCACAGAUUGCCAAUGGGAGAUCAAGGAACAAAUUUGACCAGACCAUCGAUUGUCUCUCCAAUAUGUGAUGUGAGCUCAAUCAAUUUCUUGCAGCUGACAGAACUUAUAAGGGGACUUAGUGAAGAAGAAUAUAACUUUCUGCUUAACUCAAGUAGGACAGUCUCUAAUGCAGAUCCUAUAUUCAGUAGUUUAAUUCUACCUGAUCAUAGUUUUGAAGAAUUCAAGAAACUCAAAGAAGAGUUAUUUCUUGCAGUUUUUAUGAAAGAUUUAUUCAAUUUGCAAUUGACUGAACAGUUGGAGCAACAACUGGAGUCUGACAACCAGUGUUAUCAGUUGACUAAUGAACUAUCUGAGUUUCGUGCUUCAUGUAGUGAAGUUCGUAAGGAGAAUCAACUUCUUGCUGAAGAACUUUCAAAUUGUCGUGUUGAACUGCAUGAUAUUGCCAACAAGAAUGUAGACUUGCAGAGCAAAUAUGUUUCUGCUGAGGUAGAGAUUGAAGUGCUAUCUGCUAGAGUACUUGAGUUGCAGAAUUGUUAUGAAUUGUCUCAAAAAGAUUCACUUGAUUUGUCUAGAGAGCUGGCUGACUGUAGAGGCUUGAUCAUAGCUUUACGUGCAGAAAACAAGGACAUGAAUGAAUCAGUUGCAUUAAUGAUUGAAGAGAAAAAGAAACUUGUGGAAGAAAAGGAGUUUCAUCUAUGUGAAAGACUAAAAGCUGAUAAUUUAAACCUAAAUGGGGCAUUGUCCUUGGUGACUGAAGAGAAGAAUAAGAUUGAAGCCAAACUUCAGCAUCUCUCCCGUGAAAUUGAUAGGCUAUUGAUGGAGUUGGUUGAAAGUAAAGAUUUGGUGGCAAGUCUGCAGGUAGAAAAUUCCAAUUUGCACGGGAGCCUUGCAUUGUCAGUUGCUCAGAUUAAAAUGCUUGAAGAGUAUGAACAAGCUGCUAUUCUUGAGAAUCUAAGCGUUUCAUCUCAAAUUGUUGUUCUUCAAGAGCAAUUAUCUAUAGAGACUGGGAAACAAAUGAAGUGCCAAUUUGAACUUAAAGAGGCCAGACUGCAACUUGAACAAGUCACCAAGGAGAACUUCUUUCUGAAAAGCACUUUGGAUGUGCAUAAGGCUAACACAGAAGAAAUUGGCAACAAAUACAGCCAAUUGCUAUCUGAAUUUGAGGAGCUCCAUAGUCAAACACAGAUAGCAAGGCAAAGAAGUGAGAACCAUCAAACGAAAUUUACAAAUGAUUCCUUGCCUUUCCAUCUGGAGCGAGAUGGAAAAGGGGAUCCUGGGCAGCCACCAUUGAAUCCACUUGAACAUGAAGAAUUUUAUAACUCUCUUGGUUUUGUUGCUUUGAAUAUGCGUCUGGAUGAGAUGGAGAAUAUUUUGGAGAAACUUGAAAAGGCAAUUGAUCAAUUGCAUUCUCAUUCAGUAUCCCUUGGCAAGUCUCCUGGUAAACUUUCCUCAGCUGGGGUUUCAAAAUUGAUCAAGGCGUUUGAAUCAAAAUCACAAAAUAAUGAGCUUGAGGUAGAGGAAAAUGUUUCCAAUGAAUGUCAGAUACCACCUGAUCCAUUUAUGUCCACCAAAGGGAAAAUUGGAGACUUGAGAGCAUCACUUACGAUGUGGAGGUUGGAUGUUCAGAAUGCUGGUGCAUUGUUUAAGGAGGAGCAAGAUGGUAGGAAGAGUGGUGAAGUCAGGUGCAGAGAACUCCAAGAUCUCCUCGAAACAUUGAAUCAGCGCUGCUUGAAUUUGGAAGCAUCCAACAUCGAACUUACUGUUCAAUAUGAAGUUUCCACGCAACUUUUGGUAGACAUACAAGAAGGUAAAUGCCAUCUUGAAAAACUCUUUGAAGCUUUAAAGCAAGAAGAUGUCCUUCUCAAAGCCAAAAACGUUGAACUCUGUGGAAAGCUUGGAAAUUGCGAGUCAAAAAUUGGAGAUUUGAUCACUGAAAUAAAUGAUUUGCAAAAAAGUUCAAAUGAGAUGGCUUCUUUUAUUGGUAUUCACCUUGAAAAUUUGCAAAAGGAGGUGACAGAUAGGGCAAUGUUUCUUGAGCGAGGUUGGAAUACUACUAUUGCUGAGAUUGUUGAAGCAAUUAGGAAACUGGAUGAAUCAGUUGGGGAAGCUUUCUCAAUAAACACAUCAGUCGGCUCCCUUGAUGGUUUGGAUAUCAAUCAUCAUCUUGUAGUUUCUGUUAAUGCAGCCACUGAAUUGAUUGUUGAUCUUAAGAAGAAGCUUGAAGCUACUUAUACAGAACAUGAUAUGGUGCGUACCUCUUUCAGAGAAGUGAGUGCCAAAUGUGAUGAUCUGCUUGAGAAGAAUAAUUCAGCAGUUGGUAUAUUGCAUAAGAUUUACAGUGACUUGGGGGAACUUGUUCUCAACCAUGUUGGGCCGUUAGAUGAAAGGAUGGUUGAUAUACCAAGUGAUGCAUUGCCUGAUCCACUGAACUAUGCCAGCUAUGAGGCCAUGAUGCGAUCUCUUAAGGGUAUGCUGAUGGAAAAGCUUGAACUUGAGUCUGUUUGUAAGGUGAUGAAGUCAGAAUUAAGUCACAGGGAAAAAGAAUUGGAGGAAUUGAGCGUUAAGUGUGUUGGUUUAGGUGUUGUCGGUACAUUAAUUGAAGAUGUUGAAGGUGUGCUGGAUGUAGAAGAUACUGAUGCCAAAAUAAAUAGGCAACCCCUCCUUCACCUCACAUCUUUGGUGUCUGGUCUUGUUCACAAAAUUCAAGAGGCUGACAGGCAGGCACGCAUAACUAAGGAAGACUAUGAAUCUAAGAUGCUGGAACUGACUGAAUUACAAGCAAAGAUCCAUUUUUUUUAUGCUUUACAUCUUGAGCAUGAAAAUGAAAUCCUUAUUCUCAAAGAAAGCUUACGUGAUGCGGAGAAAGCUCUUAUUGCUACUUGUUCUCAAUUAUAUGAGAGAACAAUGGAACUUGAUGAGUCAGAACGGCGGGUGUCUUCUAUUCGGGAGAAGCUUAGCAUUGCUGUUGCCAAGGGGAAAGGGCUGGUUGUACAGCGAGAUGGCCUCAAACAGUCCCUGGCUGAGACUUCCAGUGAAUUGGAGAGAUGCUCACAGGAGUUACAGUUGAAAGAUGUUAGAAUCCACGAGGUUGAAACAAAACUUAAGACCUAUGCGGAGGCUGGUGAGCGUGCAGAGGCUCUGGAAUCGGAACUGUCAUAUAUUCGUCAUUCAGCUAAUGCCUUGAGAGAGUCAUUUCUCCUUAAAGACUCAGUUCUUCAGAGAAUAGAAGAGGUUUUGGAAGAUUUAGAUCUGCAAGAGCAAUUUCAUUCUCUAGAUAUAAUUGAAAAGAUUGAUUGGUUGGCUAGGUCAGCUGCUGAUAACACAUUGCCCUUAAAUGAUUGGGAUCAAAGAAGCACUGCAGGAGGAGGUUCAUAUUCGGAUACUGGUUUUGUUGUCACGGAUGCCUGGAAAGAUGGUCAGCUGCAAUCUGAUGUUGUGGAUGAUUUAAGAAAAAAAUUUGAGGACUUAAAGAGUAAGUAUUUUGAGUUAGCUGAACAAAAUGAAAUGCUGGAGCAGUCGUUGAUGGAAAGAAACGGAUUAAUUCAGAGAUGGGAAGAACUUGUGGACAUGAUAGAUAUGCCUGCGCAUUUGCAAUCUAUGGAGACAGACAGUAGGAUUGAGUGGUUAGGAAGAGCUCUUGUUGAGGCUAAUCAUCAUAUAGAUUCACUUCAGAUGAAGAUUGAAAAAUAUGACAGCUAUUGUGGGUUGCUAAAUGCUGAUCUGGAAGAGUCUCAACGGAGAGUAUCUGCUCUUCAAGCAGACCUUAGGGCUGUUACCUCCGAGAAAGGGCAUCUUUCAGAAAAAGCGGAGACUUUGAUGUAUGAAUGCAAGAAACUAUCAAUGCAUUCAAAGCAAGCUGAACUUGAUAAUGAAAAGUUAAAUCAUGAAAUAACUAGCUUGGAGGAGAGAUUGGAGCAGAAAAGUGCUGUUGAGGAACAAAUUCUCAUCAUUGAGGGAAAGAUCAGCAAAUUGCAAGAUUUAAUCAGUGAUGUUUUGCAGGAAUCCGAAAAGGAAAACCUGAUUUCUAGUAAUCCAAAUAUUGAUUCCUUGGAAGUAUUACUGAAAAUGCUUGUAGAAAAUUAUGCAGCUCUUUUGUCAGCAAAACCUACUUAUGGGGAUGCACUUGAUGGGCAUGACACACAAAAUGAUGAUGGAACUCUUCAUGAAGAAAGGAACAUAGAUAUGCAUAGCAAGGAAGACCCGGUUAUAGUCAGUUUGAGAGUAGAUCUUGAGGAGGCCUUACGUGAAUUGAUGCAUGUGAAGGAGGAGAGAGAGAGAAAUUUGGAGUGUCAAAUAUCUUUGUCUGGUGAAGUUGAAGCCCUGAGUAAGAAAACUGAGGAGUUGCGGGAGCUUUUAAAUCAGGAGGAGCAGAGGUCAGCUUCUAUUAGAGAGAAGUUAAAUGUUGCAGUCAGGAAAGGGAAGUCAUUGAUACAACAACGAGAUAGUCUAAAAGAAACAAUUGAAGAGAUGAAUAGUGAGAUGGUGCGCUGGAAAUCUGAGAUUAGCAAUCAGGAAAAAACUCUUGCAGAGUAUGCACAGAAGUUCAAGGACUUGUCAACUUACCCAGAUAGGUUAGAAGCUCUAGAAUCUGAGAGCUUGCUUCUAAAGAAUCAUUUGGCAGAUACUGAACAUCAUCUGCAAGAACGAGAAUACAUGCUGAAAAUGAUUUUGAACAAGUUAAGUGAGAUUGAGGUUAGUGGUGACAGCGACGCAAGUGAUCCUGUCAAGAAGUUGGAAUGGGUUGGGCAGUUAUGCUCUGAUCUGCAUGCUUCUGUGGCUUCUUUACAACAUGAGUCUAGGAAAUCUAAAAGAGCAGCAGAGCUUCUCCUGGCUGAAUUGAACGAGGUUCAAGAGAGGAAUGAUGCUUUCCAAGAGGAGCUUGCAAAUGUGGCUGUUGAACUUGCGGAUACCAGAAAGGAGAGGGAUUCAGCUGAGGCUGCUAAAGUGGAAGUUCUUUCACUUCUUGAAAAGUUAUCAGCUCUGCACAUAGAGGAAAGAAACAAUUAUUUUUCCGAGUUCUUGGCAUUAAUAUCUAGGAUGAACCAACUCCACACAAGCUUUGGUGAAAUUGGCGAGUUAUUGGCUAAUAUGCUUUUCAUGGACUCAGAGUCUUCUCAAAAAAUGGAGGCUGCUCUCAAGUCCUGCAUGAGUGACGACAAUGCUGCAAAUGUGGUUGAUUCACCUGUCAACAGAGCUAGCGAUGGCAAUUUACCCAUGUCAAUUGACAAUAAGAAGAGAGCUAUAUCUGUGGAUUCUUGGUUGAAUUUUGACAAAGUUGAUCGUGUUGAUGAUACUACCAUAAUUGAAAUAUGUCAUCUUCUUGGGCAUCGGCUGCAUGACUUCUUAGUGGAUGUCACUUCUCUUAAGGAAAGCUUAAACAGGCACUUAAGUUUAACACAGGAGCGAGAAAAAGCUCUUUCUAAUCUAAUGGUGACUAUUCAAAGGGAAAUGACUUCCCAAAGAGAGUCAUGCGAAGCCUUGAAGAACAAAAUUAGUAGAAAAGACAGGGAACUUGCCGCCUUAUGUGAGAACACUGGCUACCUUUAUGAAGCAUGUACCAAUUCAGUUAUUGUAAUUGAACGUGGAAAAGAUGAACUUGUUGGAAACAAGGUAGCAUCUUCAGGUUUAGGAGCUAAUUUGAAAGGACCAUCAUUCAUUGAUGGUGGAGAACCUUUCAGCAGCCAGGUUCAGUUGAUGUCUGAAAAAUAUAUUAAGACUGUAGCAGAUAGAUUGGUAUUGGCUGCAAAAGAAUUUGCUACUGUAAAAUCAGACUUUCUAGAUGCAAACCAAAAGGAGAUGAAGGCUGCCAUAACAAAUUUGCAGAGAGAGCUCCAAGAGAAGGAUGUUCAAAGGGAGAGGAUCUGUUUGGAGCUUGUAAAUCAGAUUAAGGAUGCUGAAUCUGCCACAAAGAGUUGCACUCAAGAACUUCAAGAUUCUAGGAUUCGAGAGAAUAUUUUGGAAAAACAAGUGGAAAAGGUUGAGGCUGAAAGGAAGAUUUUAGAGCAGAAAAUGAACAAGAUGCAAGAGACGCAGUUGGCUGCAGCUGAGUUAGAGGAGAAAAUCGGAUCUCUGACUGAUUUGGUUUCUGCCAAAGACCAAGAAAUAGAGGCACUAAUGCACGCGCUUGAUGAGGAAGAGAUGCAAAUGCAAGAGUUGAUGAAAAAGAGUGAGGAACUUGAAAAUCUAUGUGAGCAGAAGAAUCUGGAGAUUGAGAAGCUUGAAGCCUCACGUGGUAAACUUAUGAAAAAGCAUUCCGUCACCAUAAGCAAGUUUGACGAGCUUCACCAUCUUUCCGCAAGUCUCCUUGCUGAGGUUGAGAAGUUGCAGUCCCAAUUACAAGAACGAGAUGCUGAGAUCUCUUUCUUAAGGCAAGAGGUCACAAGAUGCACCAACGACAUUCUUCUUGCAUCACAAAUGAACAAGAGAAGUUCAGAUGAGAUUCUUGAGUUCUUGAUGUGGAUUGACAUGAUGGUAUCUCGAGAGGGGAUGCUUGAUUUGCAUCCUGAUGUGAAAAGUGACAGUCUUGUUGGUGAAUAUAAAGAAAUGCUUCAUAAGAAGCUCAUUUCUAUAUUAUCAGAAUUGGAGGGUUUGAGAGCGGAUGCAGAAAGCAAGGGUGCAUUGCUAGAGGAAAAAAGGAGAAAGGUGGAUGAGUUGACACGUAAAGCAGAAGCUCUUGAGAUGUCUUUGCAUGAAAAAGAAUCACAAUUGAAUUUGCUUGAAGAUGUGGAAGAGUCUGGAAGGGGACCUAGCACAAGCUCAGCCGCAGGAAUUUUGGAGGUUGAACCAGUGAUUGACAAGUGGGCAGCAGCAGUGACUUCUGUGACACCUCAGGUUCGUAGUUUGCGCAAAGGCAAUAACGAUCAUUUUGCCAUUGCUGUAGAUGGAGACCCUGGCAGUACUGGUAGGAUAGAUGAUGAAGAUGACGACAAAGUCCAUGGUUUCAAGUCACUUACUUCUUCAAGAAUUGUUCCAAGAUUUACAAGGCCUUUGAGUGACAUGAUUGAUGGCUUGUGGGUUUCGUGUGAUCGAACUUUGAUGAGACAGCCGACCUUGCGACUGGGAAUUAUAAUUUACUGGGCCAUAGUGCACUUAUUACUUGCUUUUUCUGUAGUUUGAGAAGCUCUGAUUUGGAAGCUUGAGUCAGACUUGGCUAAUGGCCUACUUCAUACAAUCUAAAGCCAGAAACGAGAGGAGGUACGAGGUUCUAAACCAUAAAUUGGGGGCCGUUAGCUAUGCUUAAACUAGCAAAAGGAAAAGGUUUAGUCGUAGAGUAUCUCCCUUCCCUUUUGUUCUUCAUCUUAUGACUUACAUAUGAUUGUUGAUGAAAUGAAAGUAGAUACAGUAGUGGUCAAUAGAAAAGAUUACAGUGAAGAACAGUAACAAAUCAGUGCGUUCUAAGGCUGAAGAGAGAAAAUUAGAAAAAUGAAGAGCAUUCUUCACAAACCCCAGUGGGUUGUCAAGGACCUGUUGUAUUUAGGCUUUCGAAAGACAAGAGAAAACAAUACUUGGGGCCAGCCGGCCAGGGUCCCUUUACCAUUUAAUAUUCUUCAGACAUCUUGUAGGAGGACUAGAUAGGUAUGGGAGGUAAUUCUUUUUGUACUCCGACAUCUUUUUCUCCAUUCAUCUGGAUAGCGAUAAGAAAUUUCAGAGUUCACCAUUCUUUUUGUAUUGAAUGACCAUAACUUGGCGGUGAAAAUUUCGCAUGUUAUUCAAGAAUCACAUGACUUUUAUUGGCCAUGAUA